GUGCCGCCCUCCCGCGGGUCCCCGGCGCGACUGCGUCGGCCAGUGCAGCGCACUUGGAGCGCUUGCUCGCUGGCAAGCCCGAGCCGAUGGCGAAAGCAGGGUGCUGCCUGGCCACAGUGAAUGCUUCGUCGUGGGCUGACGGCAAUUCGACGCUGGCCAUCGCGGUUCAGGAACACCACCGUCUGGCCAAGGACCUGGCGACGCAGCAGCGGGCGUCUAAUGGCGCGGGCUGGCGUGGAGUAUGGGGCGCGGCCAAUCCGUCUUCGACGUCGACCUCUGGUUCCGUCGGUGGCGCGUCGGUGCUGGCUCCCGCCGUAGUCUCCGUCACGGCGCCCCCUGGGCGUGACCCCCCCGUGUUGGUGCCAGGGCGCCUGGUGGCGGGGCAUGUGCGGGCUGGCCCUGCUGGCGGCGUGGUGGCCCUCAGCAUCUACCUGCGCGUCGGCGAAGGGCUUUCGGGCAGCAGCCUGGGUAUCAUCUGGCAGCUGUUGCAGUGCCUAGGGCGGCUCGAAGCCGAGGGCCACCACUGGGCGGUCAUGGGGGGCUGGGACAUGGAGGUCCGGCUGGCGAGCGGCCAGUCGUGCAGGCAGGGCGGCGGGUCCAACAUCGACUACUUCGUGGUGUCCAAGAGCCUCAUUCCCUUCACAGGGGAGGCUCCCAUCCUGGACGUCGGCACCCACACGUGGCCGCACUGGCCCGUCCGCCUGCCGCUGAGCCAGGUGCGCGCGCAGGCCGUGCAGCAGGUUAUCGACGAGCCCAAGCCGAUUCCCAGGGAGGCGGCUAAGCCUGGCUGCGCCCGCCCGCCCUGGCGCUGGGGCGCGUUCGCGAGGUGCGUGAACGCCGUCGCGGACCAGCAGGGCCUCCAAAUCGUUUGGGACAUGCUGCUGGAGGGCAUCGAGACGGAGAUCCUCAACAGGCGCGGUCUAGUCGGCGACGCUCGGCGCACCUUCGCGGGCCGCGGCGCGAAGGGGGAUGCGAGCAUGAAGGCCCACGCCUGGGCGGCGCUGGCAGGUUGGGCGUCGGAGCUCCUCAAGAAGCAGGCCUACCUGGCGAAGCUGUUCGGCGCUCUGAAGGAUCACCCUGUCGAGGAGGGGGCCGAGCCCGCGGCGGCACGUGCCAAGUUCAUGUGCGCGAUUGCAAAGGCCCUGGUGCACCUUCAGCACUUCCUGGACCUCAGGCGGGUGUUGCAGGCGGCGGAGCAACGGCAGCGCAAGCAGGCCAAGGAAGACGAGGCCCGCUGGAAGGUCUGGGUCGACGAGGCUUACCUGGGAGGAGCAGGCGCCGCCCACGCCGCCUCCAAGGCUCCCCUGCUUCAGGAAGUGCUCCCAGCUCACCCGUCGGAAGGGGCGCAGGCGCGAGUGGCCAGGGAGUUGCAGCCAUGGGUGGGCAUCUGGAACUAUCACGGCCUGACCCGCAUGGGGCCUGUGACGAAGGCGUGGGGGCUGGGCAACCCCUGGGAGCUGGUCUGGGGCACGGGGCCAGGCAGAGCCAGCUCGGACUCGGCGUGCGAGCUCAACUUGGCCAAGGAGCAGGCCGCCCUGGACCUCUGGAAGGCCUACGAGAUGGUGGCGCCCGAGGCCCAACUGGCGGAGGCGCGGGCGCUGGGUUUCCCCAUGCGGCUGACCUGGAUGCUCCUCAGCACCUACUGCCAGCCGCGCUUCCUGGCCGCCUUCGGAACGAUGUCGGACCCGUUCGUGGCUUGGCAGGGCAGCAUCGCGGGGUGUGGGCACGCCAACUCGCUGCUGAUGGUGCUCACCCUGCGGGCCCUGCGCAAGGCGCAUGCCCUGGCGCCAUCGGUCACCCCGCGGGGCCUGGUGGACGACGCCACCCUGGACUGGGGCGGGCCCAAGGAGGCGGACGCCGACAGCCUGGCGACAGCGCUGAGCAGCUUCCCGGCCGACAUGGUGGAGCUCAAGUUGGUCAUGCAGCCGGAGAAGUCGGGCUUCCUGGCGUCCUCCACGCGGAGGGCGAAGCUGCUGGCCCCCCACAUGCUGCGGAGAGGGCUCACCGAGAAGUAUUGGGUGCGCAACCUGGGCCACAGGCUGCACGGGCGGAAGGUCCUCCGCGCUCAGGAGAAACGCCGCCUGCAGGCCCUGGCUGAAAGGCGAGGGCGCAUGGCCAUGCUCAGGCGGGUGGAUUUCGACCCGAUCUACGCCGCCACGGUCCCGCUGGUUUGCAGGCUGGCCAGUCGCAUCUGGGAGGGCCGCGGCUCUUUGGCUGGGCUGACGGCAACCUGGCAGGACGAGCUCGUGGAGGGCAUCCAGCGCUGGCAGUGCAGGAGGCUGGUCGUCCACUUGCCCGAGAGCGGCGGCGAGGUGCUCUGGCCGCGGGCCGUGCGGGCUAUUGCCAGGCGGUCUCGGCCCGCUGCUGAGCUGGGGGCCAUCCAGGCCCUGUGGGCAGGCGGCCACUUCACCAUGGUCUGGCGAUAUGCCCACGGCUUCGCCGCCACGGAGCUGUUUCAGGCUUGCGGCCAGCCCAAGGACACCCUGAUGCACAGGUGGUGCGCCUGCCCUGAGGCAGAGCAGAAGUGGACCAUCGGGGGCAGCGAGCUGCCGUUGGCCUAUGGCCUGCCGCUGCUGCCUGCCAUGCCGCCUCCUGCGCCUGCUGCGAGCGUCGCCUUCGAGUGGGGGGCCGCGCAGGUGGCCUGGCCUGCGGUCGUCUACACUGAUGGAUGGGCGCCUGCCCACCGCACCCUGGGGCAGGCGCUGGAGGAGGGCAUCAGGCCCAUGGACUGGCUUGGGAACUGCUGGGCCGACUUCUUCGCCAACUUGGGGGCCGCCGAAACGAGGCUGCCCAACGGCGCGGUGGAGGCGCUCGAGGCGGAGUUGCAGCGGGCGCUGGACACCGCCACGUACUUGGGCUGGGCGGCGGCGCGCGUCUGCCAGCUGGAUCUCUGGCGGCCGCUCGGGGACGACGGGAAGCUCCAGCGCCGGGCAGAGCUCGAGUGCCCCGCCCCUCCCAAGCCCAGCCUCACGCGGCACGAGUACCAGGCGAUCAGCGCCAGAGGGGUCCAGUGCCUCCACUGCGGGCGGGAGGCGCACACCGAGGAGGCACGCUCACUGCUGGACUGCCGCCCGUGCCAGCCGUCGGCGUUGGGGCGGCUGCGCGCGGCUCGCAGCCGCGAGGUUGGCGGGGCGCAGCUGCUCGCCAGCUCGGCCAUGGUGGGCGCGGGGCUCCAGGCAGCGGCUUUGUUCGAAGCAGAGCAGGUUGGCCACGGCAGUGCGGCGCCUGAGGUAGGCCAGGCCUUCGGCCCCACGGAGGGCGGCGCGACGGGCAACGAGUUCGAGCGCAAGGUGCAGUACCUCCUGGCGGCGGCGAAGGGCGACUCGGCAGGCGUUGCAGGCCUGGGCCCGACGGCGGGCAGCCAUGGGCAGGAGGCGGCGGCGGCAGCUGCGGCGCACGCUCGGCCAGGCGAGACGGGUCGGCCACCGCCGGAGGCUUCCGAGGAGCGGCGGGGGAGGGGUAAGACGGGGCGGCCACCGUCGGAGACCCUGGGGCAGCCUGCCCUCAGCGUGCCAGAUCCCGACCGCCCCAACCACCACGGCCAGCAGCUGCCGCCGCCAGGGCCGUUGCCGAGGCCACCUGCCAACCCUGGCGGGCCAGCGCCUGCCGCGGGCAACGACCUGCUGGCCAUCGAGACCUGGGAGCGAGCGGGCCCUCUGGAGGCCACGCUGUGCACGCUGGCCAGCUCGUGGAUCACGGACCUGCUGGACCAGAGCCUUGCCCACGCCUCGUGGAUGGAGGAGUGCGUGGACUACGUCUACAGGCUGCUGGGGGAGGAUGCGUUUCGAGGCUUCUUCGCGUACGCGACGACCCCCGAGUCGCGUAACGCGGAGCGGCUCAGGAAGGCCAGGGAGUUCUGCGAGCGCGGGUGGCGGGACGGGGGCCCCUACCGCGAGGCGCGCGUCGGCGAGGCCCUCCAGCUGGAAGGGGAGCCCAGGGAUGAACGUGUGCAGCGCCUGCGGGGCUACCACUGGGCGGCGCGUGCCUACCUCGGCGACCGCGGCAAUGCUCGUCACGCUGGAGGGAGGCAAGGUGACUUGUACGGCCACUGGUGGCCGCCUGAGGCCCUGCCUGGUCCCAGCGGCCUGCCCUCGGCCAACGGCGGCGACCACGGCGCCGAGGGCGACCAUUGGGAGGACUUCGACGACGCCCACAUGGAGGCGAUCAGGGGCCUGACGGCCCAGGACGUGCAGGCGGCCAGGCAGCGCGUGGCCGAGCGGGAGAGGGGCCGCUCUCGCCCCCCGCCGAGCGGCGGCUCCCAGCAGCCGCCCGUGCCCGAGGGCAGCCCAGAGGGGUCGGGGCCCCCUCGCUGCCCUGGCCAGGCGGCGACGACGAAUGUCCCCGGCGCCCAGCGGGCCCGAGGCCUGACCCCGCUCCGCGGCGCCGCAGCAGCGCGGGCCAGGCUGCCAACCGUUCGCGCUCGCCGCCAGGCCGAGCGGGCCAGGAGGCUGGAGGUGCGGGCCCCAGCGCGCCUGGCAGCCCAGCGGAAGCUGAUCGACGCCGCCGACAGCCCUGCGAAGCUAGCCUCCCGCAAAGGGGGCGACGGCGCCGACGGCGACGGCGCCGACAGUUCGGACAACAAUGCGACGGGUUUCGAGGAUUUGCGCCGCACGCUGCAGGGCUUUGCUGGAUGCUGGGUGUUCGACCUGCGCGGUCCUGGCGGCGCGGAGGCAGCCUGGCUGGCAUGGGCUGCGCAGUAUGCACUGGAGUGGCUGGCCCGCCCUGGCAGCGCCGCCGAGCGCGAGGAGGCCAUCCAGCGGGCUGGGUCCUUUGGGCUGCGGGCCCUCGUGCGCGAGUUGGUCCGCCAGGCCUGGGCCAUGAAGGCGUCGGUGCGCAGGGCGGCGGUCGGGCACCUGCUGGGCCUCUCGACGCUGGAGGAGUGGAUGCACGUGGCGGCCUUGCAGUGGGCCACAGUUGACGAGAUCAUGUGCACCAUCAGGGACAUCGUCGGCGAGGCGGCGGCCAAUCUCCCUGCCCCACCUGGCUUCGCGGGGCCCAUCCCUGGCCUUGGCCCUGUGGGCGUGCGGGAGCCGCCCAGGAGCGCUGGGCUUCCGCGGCCCGAAGGCCUCUCGGUGCUGGGCGGCUACUUGGCAGCGCGGCAGCCGUGGCGCAACCCGCAGCUCCCGUUGCUGCAGGUCGAGGCGGCGUCGCAGGGCUCAGACUCCAGCGAGGGCCCCAGCCUGGGCGGCGACCCCGCCGUGGAGGCGGCCAUCAAUGGUAUGCCGCCGUGGCACCUGAUGGACGCGGGGGACGCGGGCGGCGACAGUGUGGCCGCUGGCCCAGCGCCCUGGGAGCCAGACGGCGCGGCGGGCGACGCGGACGGGAGUGCGGCGGAGGGGCGCGGGCCUGGCGGCCUCCCGUUCGCAGCAGCCUGCGCUCUGGCGGCGGCGGCGGCGGCAGCGCGGCCUGGUCUGGCCAGCAGCGGCGCUGAGGCAGCGGCGGGACAGGCGCCAGCGAGGUCCAGGAACCCGCAGCGUGGGGCCCCAGGCAGGCUGCCGCGGGGCGAGGAGGCCAAGCCACAUGCGCAGUUGGGCCACGCCUGGCGCACCGCUGGAGGCCAUGCGUUCUGCUGCAGGUGCGGCGCCUUCGCCAGGAUCGAAGGUGCGGACCGCGCCAAGGGCCUCAAGGCCACGGCGGGCCAGAAGAAGAAACGGCAGUACUUGACGAGGCUGCUCGGCGGCAAGGACCCCUCCCUACACGGGCAAGCCGCUACCGUGAUGGUGCUGAGGCUGGUGCGUUGCCGCCCGCUGGCAGCCCUGCUGGCUGGCGGCCGCGCCGCCGUGCGGCCCCUGGGCGCCGCUGCCCACGCUGCGCGG